ACCCCUACUCAGCUGGAGCCAGCAGCGGUUAAAGCCCCUCAGUGACAGCCGGAGACAAACGGAGGUAAGCGGCUUGACUGUAGGAGUUGGAUGGGCGGGCGGAAUGAGACCGUUUGAAUGAAUUGUUCAGUUAACAAACUUUGAUGAUGUGUGAUAGUGUGAAACAGAUUUGAACUGGCAGUGAGCCUUGGCCUGAUUCUGUACACCUUCACUAUUAAAGAGGAACGAGCUUUUGUUUUGACAGGCAAUAGUAAACUUCCUGCGAGGCAGAUAGACUUGUUGCAUUCAGGUGCUGUUGGAGGUAGACACCAAAACCCAGGUAAUUCCUGGUAUUUCUGAAAUCACCACUUGUUACGUUUGGAUCGGGGUUACCAGUUGUGUGGUACAUAUUCUUUUGGUCAAAUUUUGUAAAAGUACAGGAGAAAAAAAACUCAGGGAGCAAACUCUGGUGUGUAAUAGCAAUCUGAAGUGAAGAUGUAGGAGUUUAUGAGGAGUACUUGAAAGCAUCAUUCCUCUAAGGAAUUCCUCUAAGGCUGAAAGCAUUUCUGUUUGUCGGCCAGGCCUCGUAAACUAUAUUCGGGUAAUUGACUCGUAUUUGAUUUAUUGAAGACGCUUCAGCUAUCCGAAGCAUUUAAAACUGAUGGAAAGUCAUGAGAUAAUUUUUGCACUAGAACAAGGACAGAAAAAUAAUGAAAAAUCACUAUAUAUUUAUAGUGAUUUCUGAGUGUUAGGGUUGCUCCACUUGUAGAGGACUGAGAAGAGUAAUGAUAACAUAAUAGUAUUGUCUGUAAUUAUCUGUUACUAAAAUAAAUAUAAAAGUGCAGCGUCAGAAUAAUAUUGGGUAUUGCCAUAACAAACUGUGACUAAAGCUACAAUUGUAUCUUGUGUAAUUAGAGGAAUUACCAACAUAUUCCUUUGUGGAGUCAUUUGUGUGUCAUUGAGAGGUAGUUUUAGGACUUUUCUGUCAGUAUCUUUAAGGAACCAAGUUGGCAAAAAUAUUUUAGAUUUCAUGAUAAAACUCCAAUUCAGACGAAUUUCCCAUCAGACGAAUCUCUGUGUGCUGUACAGUGUCUCACCUCCGACUCUCCACCCUUAGAAUCACCUGCAGACAUGUGUGACGACGAUGAGACCACCGCCCUUGUGUGUGACAACGGCUCUGGCCUGGUGAAGGCUGGCUUUGCUGGAGAUGAUGCUCCCAGGGCUGUGUUCCCCUCCAUCGUUGGCCGUCCCCGUCAUCAGGUAAACCACAGGAGCUCCUAUCCCAUUACUGAUAUCUCCGUGGUCACAAACACAGCCUGACUUUGGACCUACUGAGUUUUUUAGCUGCUCCUGAUGUAGCUUUAUUGAAAGUACCCUUACUCCUGUAUUGACUGUAUUUGUUGAUGUUGGAGAUGAAUAGAAAGAAGGAGCUAUACUAAAAGAGAUAACCCAGUCAGUAAUUAUAUAAAAUGAUAAGCUUCAAUGCAACAAAUAAGCUGGAUUUAGCUGUUAUUUACGUUUUCUUGAUGUUAAACCCUCAUUUCUCUCUCCUCAGGGUGUGAUGGUUGGUAUGGGUCAGAAGGACUCCUACGUGGGUGAUGAGGCCCAGAGCAAGAGGGGCAUCCUGACCCUGAAGUACCCCAUCGAGCAUGGCAUCAUCACAAACUGGGACGACAUGGAAAAGAUCUGGCACCACACCUUCUACAAUGAGCUGCGUGUGGCCCCUGAGGAGCACCCCACCCUGCUGACAGAGGCCCCUCUCAACCCCAAAGCCAACAGGGAGAAGAUGACCCAGAUCAUGUUUGAGACUUUCAACGUCCCCGCCAUGUACGUCGCCAUCCAGGCUGUGCUGUCUCUGUAUGCCUCCGGUCGUACCACUGGUGAGUAACAAUUUUUUUAACAGAAUUUUUUUGUCCCUUUUACAAACUUCCUAGGACAGAUUUGGGUCCAAAACAUGAGGACUUAAUGAUUUGGCAUUUUAAAAAGAGAAACACAACUUUGUAGCAUGGCAACAGUGGGGGAGGCUUCUUGAGUGCUGAAAGAAUUUUAGAGAGACAGUAGCUGAAAUUAAGUGUUUUCAGAUAGAGGCUGAAAUGAGGGAAUUUCAAAACACCAAUCUGGCUACGUAAGGAAUUUUUUUAGCUGUAAAUCCUAAAGCUACUAAAGGCCAUCUGAAAAUUGGCAGAAUACUCUCAUUUAAGCUCGUGUAAAAUACACUAAGGUUCAUGUUGCUGUCUUUUUCUAUGGUAUAAAAAGGCAAAAAUUACCAUCAGGGACACGAUUGAAGAUUUUUAUUCUAGGAUGAUUUGUCCACAGGGGCCCCAAAAUUGGUAUAGAGUUAAAUUUACUCACAGUAACAAAGAGGUUUUAAUUACAGUAAUUCCCACCUUCGAUGCUCAUAUUUAACCCUCCUGUUUCUGUCUCAGGUAUUGUUCUGGACUCAGGUGACGGUGUGACCCACAACGUGCCCAUCUAUGAGGGCUACGCUCUGCCUCACGCCAUCAUGCGUCUGGACCUGGCUGGUCGUGAUCUGACCGACUACCUCAUGAAGAUCCUGACUGAGCGUGGCUACUCCUUCGUCACAACCGGUAAGAAACAGCAGUCUGACUUUAUUUUGAGAAAAAUACAGAAACAAGGGAGCUUCUGUGACAUUUAAUUUCUCUUUUCGUAAGAAGUCCUCUGUGUGAGAAUUUGGGACUUUUCUCAGAAGUAGCUCCAAACUUGUACAUGUGUACUCCAUAAUAACCUUUUGAUGUUGCUUUGCAUUUAUUUUUCUUUCAUUUCGGGCACACUCUGACCUUUCCUCUGUGUUUCCAGCUGAGCGUGAGAUUGUGCGUGACAUUAAGGAGAAGCUUUGCUACGUGGCUCUGGACUUUGAGAACGAGAUGGCCACCGCUGCCUCCUCCUCCUCCCUGGAGAAGAGUUAUGAGCUGCCUGACGGUCAGGUCAUCACCAUCGGCAACGAGCGUUUCCGCUGCCCCGAGACCCUGUUCCAGCCCUCCUUCAUUGGUGUGUAAAACUUAAUUCAAGGAGAGAAAACUGUUUGAAGGUGGUGAAUCGUCUCUAAAUGUAAUCUAAAUCUCCUUUUGGUGCUUCUGAUCAGGUAUGGAGUCCGCUGGUAUCCAUGAAACCGCCUACAACAGCAUCAUGAAGUGCGACAUCGACAUUCGUAAGGACCUGUAUGCAAACAACGUGCUGUCUGGUGGCACCACCAUGUACCCUGGUAUUGCUGACCGUAUGCAGAAGGAGAUCACUGCUCUGGCCCCCAGCACCAUGAAGAUUAAGGUAUGACAAACACUGAUGAACUAUGAAAGGGUUAAAAGAGUUUACAAUCAUUUAAUAAACACUGAAGGGUCAAAAACUGGUCCAAACUUGGUGAUUAUCAUCAAAAACAUCUAGUGCAAUUUUUAAAAAGUCUGAAAAGAACCCGUAAAUACCACUGACUCAUCACCCUACAUGUUACAUAUUCAACUUGUUGUGUUAUUAGGCGUUAAAAACUCAACCCUGAUUCCCUCCUCUCCUGUAGAUCAUCGCCCCACCUGAGCGUAAAUAUUCUGUCUGGAUCGGUGGCUCCAUCCUGGCUUCCCUCUCCACCUUCCAGCAGAUGUGGAUCAGCAAACAGGAGUACGAUGAGGCCGGCCCCAGCAUCGUCCACCGCAAGUGCUUCUAAACACCAUAUCCAAAAAACCAACUCAGGAUCUACAAGACCCCGCCGUCACAGGACUUUGAUACUCAGACCAUGGCCUUAUCUGUACAUAUGUUAUUUAUUCCUUCCGUUAUGUGAUAUUUUUAAUGUGAAUGAUGUACGGCGUGAAUGUUAGAGUGAAGUGAAUGUUGACUUUGAGGUACGACACACUCAAAAAGACCAAAAAAUUAAUAAAAUACUCUAAUUUUCACUUUUGG